GGAGUUUCAUUCUGUCUCACUUGAGAGGAGUCAGGAACAGAUCAAGCAGUGCACCCUGAGCGAGAAGGGCAGGCGCUCUGCCCCUGGGCUCAUCCAGCAUGCUGCAGGGGCUUCUUCUGACAGUCACGGUCACGUUCCUCCUUUCUCCAGUUCCAGUAAACGCGAUAAAAGAACUCUCUGGAGUGAAGAACUAUGAAGUGGUUUAUCCCAGAAGACUUCAUUCACUACAUAAAAGAGAGGUCAAGAAGCCAGAACAACAGGAAAAAUUUGAAACUGAAUUGAAGUACGAAAUGACAGUUAAUGGGAAAAUUGCAGUGCUUUACUUGAAAAAAAGCAAGGGUCUCCUUGCACCAGGUUACACGGAAACACAUUAUAAUUCCACUGGAGGGGAGGUCACCACCAGCCCACAGAUCAUGGAUGACUGUUAUUACCAAGGACAUGUCAUUAAUGAAGAAGUUUCUGAUGCUAGCAUGAGCACGUGUAGGGGCCUAAGGGGCUACUUCAGUCAGGGAGAUCAAAGGUACUUCAUUGAACCUUUAAGCCCCACAAAUCAGGAUGCACAGGAACAUGCACUCUUCAAGUAUGAUCCCGAGGAAAAGAAGGCUAACAGCACCUGCGGGACGGAUGACAUAUUGUGGGUACACGGAUCUCGGCAGAAUGUGUUUCCACCUGCCACCAGUCUGGUGAAAUCAAAAGACCGGAAGGGUCGGGAACGUAAGAAAUACAUAGAGUUUUAUUUGGUCCUGGAUAAUGGUGAGUUUAAAAAGCACAAUCAAGAUCCAGAGGAAAUAAGAAAGAGGGUGUUUGAAAUGGCCAAUUAUGUCAAUAUGCUUUAUAAAAAGCUAAAUACUCAUGUGGCCUUAGUCGGUAUGGAAAUCUGGAAUGACAAGGAUAAAAUAAAGAUAACCCCAAAUGCAAGCUUCACCUUGGAAAACUUUUCUAAAUGGAGGGGAAGUGUCCUCCCAAGAAGAAAACGUCAUGAUAUCGCUCAGUUAAUCACAGCAACAGAACUUUCUGGAACAACCGUGGGCCUUGCCUUCAUGUCUACAAUGUGCUCUCCUUAUCAUUCUGUUGGCAUUGUUCAGGACCACAGUGAAAACGUGCUUAGAGUAGCAGGAACGAUGGCCCAUGAAAUGGGCCAUAACUUUGGAAUGUUUCAUGACUCCUAUGUUUGCAAGUGCCCUUCUACAAUAUGUGUGAUGGACAGAGCACUAAGCUUCUAUAUUCCUACAGACUUCAGUUCCUGCAGCCGUGUCAGCUAUGAUAAGUUCUUUGAAGAUAAAUUAUCAAAUUGCAUCCUCAAUGUUCCAUUGCCUACAGAUAUCAUAUCCACCCCAAUCUGUGGGAACCAGUUGGUAGAAAUGGGAGAAGACUGUGAUUGUGGGACUCCCGAGGAAUGUACCAACAUUUGCUGUGAUGCUAAAACUUGUAAAAUCAAAGCAAGUUUUCAAUGUGCAUCAGGAGAAUGCUGUGAAAAGUGCCAGCUUAAAAAGCCUGGUGCAGUGUGCAGACCAGCAAAAGAUGAGUGUGACCUGUCAGAAAUGUGUGAUGGCAAAUCUGGUAUUUGCCCUGAUGAUAGAUACCGAAUCAACGGCUUCCCUUGUCAAAAUGGGAAGGGCUACUGUUUGAUGGGGAUGUGCCCCACUCUUCAGGAGCAGUGCACCGAGCUGUGGGGACCAGGGACCAGCGUUGCAGAUAAAUCGUGUUACAGCAGGAAUGAAGGUGGGUCGAGGUAUGGGUACUGUCGCAAAGUGGAUGACACACGCAUUCCCUGCAAAACAAACGAUGCCCUGUGUGGGAAGUUGUUCUGCCAAGGUGGGUCAGAUAAUUUGCCCUGGAGAGGACAUAUAGUAACUUUCCUGACCUGUAAAAUGUUCGAUCCUGACGACAGCAGUCCAGAAAUAGGCAUGGUAGCUAAUGGAACUAAGUGUGGACACAGGAAGGUUUGCAUUAAUGCAGAAUGUGUGGAUAUCGAAAGAGCCUACAAAUCGACCAACUGCUCCUCCAAGUGCAAAGGGCAUGCCGUGUGUGACCAUGAGCUCCAGUGUCAGUGCAAAGAAGGAUGGGCCCCUCCUGACUGUGAUGACUCCACAGUGGUCUUCCACUUCUCCAUUGUGGUCGGGGUGCUGUUCCCCGUGGCUGUCAUAUUUGUGGUGGUUGCUAUAGUGAUCUGGCACCAAAGCCCCAGACGAAAGCAGAAGAAAGCCCAGAGGCCAGCAUCUACCACUGGUACCAGGCCUCGCAAACAGAAGAAGAACCCACAGACGGAGAAGGCUGUACGACCCCAAGAGAGUCUUCCCAAAAUGCAGAGGCUCCUUGCUGAAGUUCACAAAUGCAAAGAGAUGACUCAGAUGAAGCUCCAUACACCUGAUCUUCCAGUAGAGGGCACUGAGCCUCCAGCUUCUUUUCUAAUUACGAAGCCAGAUUUUCCACCGCCCCCAAUACCUACAACUGUGUCCACUUCCUCUUUCCUUUAUGCCACAAAAGUGCUUCCCUCUACUGUUUUUAAGGAUAAAACAACGUCAACACCUAAGGUUUCCAACCCAAAGGUCUGAAGCCGCAACUAAGCAGGUGGUGGGUAAUAAUCAACUUAGAAGACUGGACAGUCUGGACGGAAGAGAAAUGUACUUACUUUCCCCUUAUUAUUUGCUCUUGAUACCCAAGGAUGUUAACACUUCUUUCUUUCUUUCUUUCUUUCUUUCUUUCUUUCUUUCUUUCUUUCUUUCUUUUCUUCUUUCUUCUUUCUUCUUUCUUUCUUUUUGUUUCUGGAUGGGAGAGGGUCUGGGAGUAUGUUAACAUUUCUUGAUUCAUGUUCUACUUUGAGGAGAUUAAACAAAAAUUUUCUAGAAGGACAUACUCUUGAGAAUCUUUGUAUGAAUUUAAGAUUUCUGUUCUCCAUAUUCACGGGAAAGAAGAUGAUUCUAAACAAAGAGCUAUGAAUCUGACAUGUCUAAUUAGAUGACUUUCCUAGACACCCCCCUCUUCUUACUGUUGUAUUGAUUACUAGUUCCUCAAAUAUUUUGAGUAUCUUGAUUUUCUCAUUUAGUAAGAAGUAAUUUACCCUCUCCUUAAAGCCAGCAAACAAACAAAUAAAAACCCUGAGUAAAUUACAGGAAACUGAGAGGGAUGGAAGAACGUUGUAUAUUCAUCAUUAGAUAACUAGCAACAUCUUGAUUGUUUUGACUAUUAACCUGUCAAAUUAGAACGCUGACAACAAAAUCAUAUAAACAUUCUCUGAUUCAUAUAACAUCUUUUUUCCUACACCAUUUAUUGCAAUCCUUGUUAGCUAUGUCAUUUGAAGUUUACUAUAAGUGAAUAAAACUUUAUUAGUUAAUUUUUUUUUCCCAGAAAUUUGUAUAAUUCAGUUACUGGCAAGGUUAAAGUGAACUUUGCUUUCUAAGUAGAGAAAGUUUAGUUACAUAAAUUCAUAACGUAAACCAGAGGUUAUAAACUGGUAGUUUGCAGGACAUAUCUGGACUACAGAGUUGUUUUAUUUGGAUGGGAUGAUUUUGGUCAUAACGUAUUUUAAGAUGUUUUGAAUGCAUUGCCAAUAUUUAAAAAUUGGGAGAUCUUGCAUAAACAUCCAGAGUUCCAGCUUUUUAAAAGUAAUCAAAUGAUUUGGCAGCCCUGGAAUCACAUUGCCCACAGCAACCAUUAGUCUAGUUGACUGGUGUUGGCAUAAACAUUAUUGGUUGCCUUCCUUGCUUUCAGAACACCAGUUUUAUUCAGCUGCCCAUGUUUUAGAAAAGGCACUCCAGACUCCAUCUCCAGAAUAAAUUGCUAUUACUGUAAAGCAGUCAUAAUAAUCAUAUUUCCUUUACUAGUGCUUGAUGUGGUAAGUGUAUGACUUCGCUCUUUUUUGUUUUGUUUUGUUUUGCCGAUGAGACAAGAGAAAAGAUACCUUAGGAAAUUUUUACAAAAUAUAUUCUCUUGGCUGUUGGCAUCUGGGUAGCCUAUCCGGUAUUGUUGCAACCAUGUUGCGAUUAUGAGGGCAAGGUGGAUAUACUCAGUAAGAUAGAGCAGAAAGGUAAAAAGAAUAAAACCUGGUCUCUUGAUGAUGUCAUUGAACUGGUAGAUUAAUAACUGUUGAAUUUACCCUAUACUUUAUUGGGAUUUCCUGUUGUGUGAUCAAUAAAAUUUGCUUGCUGUUUAAGCCAUUUCAA